AUGGCCUCUGAUCGACCAAUGAGCGAGACGACAAUACUCCGGAAGCACGCUCUCUACCAAACGAGUUACGUGGAAGACCGUCACGUGAUGUCGCCUAGAAUCGGCAGAAGUCCAUCUCCCGCCAGAAAUCCACUCUUUAAAAAGAAGAGAGCAUCCUGCGUACCGAGCAAGAUGAAAACAAGCGUCCAGAAGGAUCGGAGUCCACCGCCACUCCUGACGCGCACGCGACUCAGUCUAAAUCAGCUCGACGCUCGCAGACUUCAGCGGCUCGACCGACAGCGGCCGUGGCAGGAGAAACCACCGAAGCAGAAAAAAACAAAAGGAACCCUCAGAAUAUUUUACGACAAAACUCUGCCAACUGACGUCGAUACAUCAGAUCUGAAAUUUAAAGCGCGGAAGUAUGUGUCCAAUUCGAAAUAUGGCGACAUUUACAUGAUAAGAGAAAUCAAUAAAAAAGAGAAACCUAAACCGGAAACCCCUCCGCGGAAGUGGCUCUGGGAGGACGAGUACAUGCUGUGCAUGGCAACCGGAAGUAGGGACAAGUACCUCGAAGACAGAGGAUCGACUCGCACAAAAGCGGUUCCUUUGUACCAAACCGGAAGUUUGAAAUCCUCGUCAACAACUGACCAAUACCACUUCCGUCGCAUGGAACGCAUGCGCAGAUAUAGGGCGGCCGUCGUAAUACAGCGUGUGUUCCGCGGAUGGCGAGUGCGUGCGUUUAUCCGACGUCUCAAAAAGAAGGCGGUACUUGAGCACGGUGCGUCCUGGCCCCGGUUUCUGGCAUUCUACAGGGAGCUUGUGUCGCGGGUUCGAGCCCGGCAAGGCAGCAUGCAACACUCGUGCAGGAUCAGCCUGACUGAGGUUGAACGCUUCAUGAACCUCAAACAGAACUACGAGCGCAUGUUCCGCGAGUUCUGUCCCGGUGGUCGUCUGCUCAAAGAUGAUUUGAUGGGCUUUUUCAACCGGUGCGACCUUUGGCCGACACAGGGCGAUAUCAACCGGAGCUUCGACAAGAUAUUCAGAGGAUCCAGAAACACAGCGGAAGUUGUAUUUGUCCUCGACUGCUCGAAUAACAGUGACGUUGUCGACUUCCGCGAUCAGAUAACGUUCGUAAAGGCCAUUGUCGACACACUUGACAUUGCCCCUGAUAGGACCCGGGUGGGGGUUGUACCGUACAACGAGGACGUGUACAACGCCUUUGGAAUCAACCAGUACAGCAAUAAGGGGGAUGUACUGGAAGCUAUAUCGCGGAUCAAGCUGUGCCCCGGACUGACGCGGACGGAUCUGGCCUUACGUCUCAUGCAGGACAUGUUUAAAGUAAGCCGACCUGGCGUACAGAAGAUGGCGAUAGUCGUCAUUGACGCUCCGUCUGCAGCGCGGGAGAAAACACGCGCCGAGGUGUUGCGCGCGCAUGAUAUGGGCGUAGAGAUAUUUGCAAUAGGGAUCGGACCGGAAGUGGAUGAGGAGGAGCUGGCGCACAUGGCCUCUACACCGGAGCACGUGUUCCUCGUGCACGAUACUCGGUCGCUGGUAUUAGUGAGGCGCCAUCUAGAACACCGUUUCCGUCUUGAAAAUGGGGCGAACGUCAUGGUCAUCACCCUAGAAAACGGGGCUUAA